AUGAAGAGCGUUUUCGAAACCGCUGAGCGCUUCGUCUCUCUUCGGUAUCUGGAGCUCGACUGCUUGGCGGUUUCCUGGAGCACGCUCAACGUGCGCAACUUGGUGAAACUCUGCAUUACGCACAUCCCAUUCGAUCACCGACCUACCGGCGUUGACCUCAGCAGAAUUCUGGCCAACUGUUCUCACUCGUUGCACGAUCUGCGAAUAGGAGGAGGAGUGUCAGGUCCGUUCAGCUCAGAGCGAGUCUCUCUCCCUCGCCUCAGGAUUCUGAAGAUCGGCUUCCUCGACAGCCCGCACGCGAUAUCUCUAUUCUCGCUCCUGUCUGCCCCGCGAUUAACGCAACUCAGUCUCGUGGAUUACGAGUCCACGUACGGAUAUCCCCCAAUGGACUCCUCGGACUUGUUCGAGUACCUCAGUCAAGAGAGCGCAAGUGAUCCACCCGAUGUGCAGCGUACCCUCAGACUCCCAUCCCUUCAGAUCUUGGACCUGGAACACGUUCACGUGGCGGACGCUGUCAUAUUUGGCGCUUUCUUGUCUGCGUGUCGCACGUUGUCAUGCAUCCAACUCACCCACUGCUCGAUCCCCUUGCUUGAAGCGCUCGUGGCGACCAUUCUCCCGGAUAAUGCCAUGGUGAAUAAAUCAGGGCGCCAAGACGAUCUUCAAUGGCUUUAUUCGCUGCCACUCCCCUGCCUCCAAGCGCUGGAAUGCCAUGGACAUUCGGCCUCAUCCACGGCGAGCGAAGCACUGCUGAAAGAGACGCUACUCGCCCGCAUCGCUUGUGUUCUCCCGGGCCCGGAUGAUGAGGACCGGGGAGCGCCUGGCCGCCUCAGAUUUCUCCAGAGGCUCAAGAGAGCCCACGGAGCUGCGGCUGCGAUUCGCAUUGCCGUCCAGGACAAUUACUACCGUAACAGGUGGCAACCCCCGGAGGCCGAACGGCCGCCCCGACAGCAAGGCUGGUAUCAACAAGAGAACGAGAACGAGGACGAGGAUGAUGGUUAUGAGGAGUGUGAGGAUAACGAAGACGUGACAGAAGACAAAGACCAGGAAGGGGACGAAGAGAAUUACGACGAAGAUCUCGGUACAUACAUCUUACGUCAUCGUCCGAAUUAUUUCUUCCAAUGA